AUACAAGGUGUUGGAUUGGGUGUCCUGUUACCCGCUUGGUUCCUUGCUUUUCGCCGUUUUUAUUUUCUCAUGUCAGUCUUAAAACUGGUGGCACUACGGAAGACGCAUACUGAAGAGCCUCUGUGUCUUCAGCGUGGUUUGCACAAGCUAGCUUGCUAAGUGUUCAAAAUGAGUUCUAAAGAUGUGCUAAAAAAUGCCACAACUCUCGCUUCAUACAAUGUCUUGCUUCAGGUGAUGUUUCGCGUGCUCACCUUCCUACUGAACGCCUUCACUCUGCGCUUUGUCUCAAAGGAGCUGAUCGGCGUGGUCAACGUCAGGCUGACGUUGCUGUACUCCACACUGGUUUUCCUGUCCAGAGAGGCCUUCCGCAGGGCCUGUUUAAGUGGCGGGGCAGAGCAGAACUGGAGACAGGUCAUCAACCUGCUGUGGCUGACGGUGCCGCUGGGUGUACUGUGGGCACUCGUGCUGGGCUGUGUGUGGCUGUGGCUCCUGGAGGCCCCAGAUCCCCAGGCUAUCCCACACUAUGGCCCUGCAGUGGGGCUCUUUGCUAUGGCUGCGCUGCAGGAGCUGCUGGCCGAGCCCCUCUGGGUUCUGGCCCAAGCCCACAUGUUUGUGCGGCUCAAGGUGGUGGCAGAGAGCUUGGCCAUGGUGGCCAAGUGUAUGCUGACCAUGGUGCUGGUGGUCAGCACUCCACAGUGGGGGCUCUACAUCUUCUCUGCAGCACAGCUGGCGUACACAGGGUUCUUGGUGCUGUGCUAUGCUGCCUAUUUCCUGCGUUUCCUGAGCUCUGGGGAAGCAGAGAGGAAGUCCUUCCCUCUGUGCCGUGUGAGAGACUUACUGCCCUCCAGAGGCCGCGGGGAGCCAUUGGUUAACUGGAAACUGGCCAGGCUGAUCUGGAGCUUCUUCAAGCAGUCCUUCCUGAAGCAGAUCCUCACUGAAGGUGAACGCUAUGUGAUGACUUUCUUAAACGUGCUGAACUUUGGGGACCAGGGUGUUUAUGAUAUUGUGAAUAACCUGGGCUCGAUGGUGGCUCGCUUCAUCUUCCUGCCCAUUGAGGAGAGCUUCUAUGUCUUCUUCGCCAAGGUCCUGGAGAGAGGAAAGGAGGUCCGAUCUCAGAGACAGGAGGAGGUUGCCAUGGCAGCAGAGGUGUUAGAAUGCCUGUUGAAAUUUGUGCUUGUGAUUGGCCUUGUCAUCACUGUGUUUGGAUACGCCUACUCUUACCUUGCACUGGAUCUCUACGGGGGUUCUCUGCUGAGCAGUGGAACAGGCCCCAGUCUGCUACGCUGGUAUAGUGGCUAUGUUCUCUUGCUGGCUGUGAAUGGAGUCACAGAAUGCUUUACCUUUGCUGCCAUGAGCAAAGAGGAGGUCGACAGGUACAACCUGGUGAUGCUGGCCCUGUCCAUUUCCUUCCUCUUCUUGUCCUACCUCCUGACGUGGUGGCAAGGGAGCGUGGGCUUCAUCCUGGCUAACUGCCUCAACAUGGGGCUCCGCAUUGCCCACAGCCUGCUCUACAUCCACCGCUACUUCCUGCACAGCCCCUGGGCGCCGCUGCGUGGACUGCGCCCCUCCCCCGUCCUGUUAUUUGCUCUAGGCCUCAGCGCUGCCCUCACCGCCCUGUCAGAGGUCGUGUUCUGCUGUGACCGUGGCUGGCUGCUCAGGCUGGUCCACAUAGGCGUUGGGGCAGGAUGUCUGCUGGGAGUGCUCGCCACUGUCUGGCUCACCGAGACCCGAUUGGUGCACUUCAUCCGGAUGCACCUGCUGUCUCGAUACGCUAAGAAGGAGACCUAGGGCAGAGGAUGACCUCAGAAGCAGGAGAGGUGAGGGUGUGUGUGAACACUCUUGCAACCCAAGCUCUCUGAUUUUAGGGAGCGGGGGGCAGGGGGCAGGAGGACUUGGGACGAGAGGCCAGGCACUUUCUGUAGACGCCCUGCUGUGGCAAGGACCUCCCUGGCUGAAACGUUGGCUCACUUUCCUCCUGCUGAAGACACAGGCCUGGGACUCUUGUACUGUUGAAUGUAGAAAUUUAAGACGCAACACCUACAGCCACCUGGAAAUGUGUGGUGAAGCAGUCAAAUAUUAAAAAUAGACUGCAUAUGUGCAUUCUGUUAAAUAUAACUUGAAAUGAACUGAAUUAUUCUGCCAGUAAACUCCUCAAACAUACUCAUAUUUUUCCAAUUUGAAUGAUAGAAUGCUUUGAGAGAGUUGCAGACCACGUCAUACAGGUGUUUUGUAUUAGUCCUGUUAUGAAAGAACCGGAAGGUUAACU